CAAGCUCAGCAGCCCCACCCACUCUUUCUACUGGUAGUCAACCAGAUAACAAUCUGUGUAAUCUGCUCCUGAGCAUUAUGAGAGUUGCAGCUCCUCUUCUCCUUUGCCUUGCCUCCUUGGCCAAUGCUUUCUUCCCUAGCAGCUACCUGAAGGGAGCACCCUCCCAAGACCUCUGCCCCAUACCCCCAGAUCCCUACGCCUCUCCUAGCCAGGUGAAGGUGAAGUUGAUGACAGCGCUGGAACAGUUAACCAAGGACAUUUCUGAGCUGGUGAAGAACGAUGUGGGAGGGACUGUGGUGAAUGUGGUGUAUCGAGACGCAGUGAUUUGGAGCAAAGGAUUUGGAGUGAAAAAUAUGUCAGCCUCGGGUCCAGAAAAUAUAGUUGAUGGCGACUCAAUAUUUCGCAUUGGUUCGGUUACAAAAGUCUUCACUGCAAUGAUGAUGCUUCAACUGAGGGAUAUGGGCUCCAUCGAUUCCCUGUAUUCUGAUGUGACGACAGUCCUUCCAGAACUGAAAAUCAAGAAUCCAUUCAAGCAUAAGAGAAGUAUCACUUUUGAUCAACUUGCAAGUCACAUGUCUGGCCUACCUAGAGAAACGCCUUGUCCAAGCAUUUUUUUUGAAGGCUGCAAUGCUUCAUUUAAUGAGAUUUAUGCAAAUCUGUCGCGGAUGGAGCUGACCUAUCCUCCUGGUACCUGGCCACAGUACUCCAACCUCGGUGUGGCUGUUCUCGGUCGAGCAUUAGAGAAAGUUGCUGGAGAUACGUGGGAACAUAUGCUUGAGCGGAUGAUUUUAAAGCCUCUUGGAAUGUCUAGUACAGGAAUUAAGCCAAAUGUGAUGAAUCAUUUAGCUGUGGGUUAUGCACCGGAUGGUACUGUUGCGAAAUUGAUUGACAUUGGGUUUGAGGCUCCAGCAGGUCAACUGUACUCAACUGCAAACGACCUCAGCAAGCUCAUGAUGUCAAUAAUGAAUAACAUUGACCCACUCUUCCCUUCCAAUAACUCGCUCUUAGACAGUGAGACUCUUCGAGAGUGGAUGCAGCCAGUGUACAUGUACAAAGAUGGUCGAGGAUUUGGUCGACCUUGGGAGCUCGUGCCAAUCACUAACUACACACUCCGUACCAAAGGAGGGUCUAUCAAUGGAUAUAGUGCAGAGUUCAUAAUGGCACCAGAGAUAAAGACUGGAGUUGUUAUAAUGAGUAGCUGUCUAGGUUGCCCAUCCUUCCGAAAUGUGACUGAGCGUGGAAUGGCGAUGAUUUCUACUCUUAGCAGCCAUCUCUUUGACACUGACCUUCUUCCUCCAGUGAACUUGCCUCUCAACCUUCAAGAGUUCGUGGGUUCCUACACUGGUAAAGUGUUUCCUGGGAGAAAGGAUGUGCUUUCAGUGGCAGUGGGAGAAUUGCAUGGACAAAAGGUAUUGCUUGGCCAUCUAGGAGAUUUUGCAGUGAAACUAGACUGGAAGCCAGAUAUGGCUAAAGAUAUGUUCCAGAUCUCUGGCCGAGGCUCUUGGCCAUUACCUUGCCCAUUCAUUUCUGCUGGCAUGCUCGGACAGUACGUAGAAUUUCUACGAGACACGAGUGGAGAAAUCAAUGGAAUGAUUAUUGAAGGACUAUUUCCUGGAAUAAUUUUUGUGAAAAGCUAAUUUUAAACAAUAAUUAUGUACACUUACAACUUUACAAUUAAAUUGUGGUGCUUUCGUUUGGCGUAGAGAUUGCAUGUGUGUAGAUAAUACUCAUUGUUCAUGCACUCCUGAUUGUACUUAUAGUAAUUGUCUAACAACACAUGUUUUCAAUGUAUAAUUUAAUUUAUAGUACAGUUAGUACAUCAGCUCUUUGUUUUUUC